AUGGGCAAGAAGAAGGUUGAAGAGAGCGAAAGCGAAGAGGAGGAAUACUCUGUGGAAAAAAUCAUCGAUCGCCGAAUAGCUCAUGGAAAAGUAGAAUAUUUCUUGAAGUGGAAAGGGUACUCUGAGGAUGACAAUACCUGGGAGCCAGAAGAUAACCUGGACUGUCCUGAAUUGAUAGCUGAGUUUGAAAGACUCCGGAAACUUAAGAAGAGUUCUAAAGAUUCUAAAGAUAAGAAGAGGACCCGUGAAAAUUCCACAUCAUCAUUGGAUUCCAGUACAUCUUCAUCUAAAGCAGAUAAAGACAAGGACAAGAAAAAAUCUAAAGGCCGUUCAUCAUCCCCCGAUUCAGACGACGAGCCUAAAGCUAAGAAAACGCGGGUAGACGACUCAGACACUGAGAACAAACAAGAAAAGAAAAAGGGCUCUGACGAGGAAGAAGAAAAGAAAAAAAAGAAGCCCAGAAAGUCCGCACCCAAAUCCAAACGUGUAGAAUCCGACGAUUCGGACAACGAAAAAGAGAAGGAAAAAGAAAAGGAAAAAGAAAAAGAGAAGGAAAAACCGAAGAAAAAGACCGAAGAGAAACCGAAAAGCAAGCCGAAAGAGGACAAGAAGAAAGUGGAGGAUUCUGAUGACGAGGCGCCCAAAAAGUCCUCGAAAAAAACCGAGGUGGUGGACAGUAAAAAGGACAAGAAGGGCGGCAAGCUGAAAGACAAGGAAAAGUCCGCUUUCGAGAAGGGCAUGGAGGCUGAAAAGAUCAUCGGCGCUUCUGAUACCACGGGACAGCUGAUGUUUCUGAUGAAAUGGAAGGGCAGUGACGAUACUGACUUGGUGUAUGCCAAAGAGGCCAACGUGAAAUGUCCCCAAGUGGUGAUCAAGUUCUACGAGGAGAGAAUAGCUUGGCAUACGCCCGAUGAAUCCUAG